UUGGGUGGGCGUGGGCCUGCGAUUGGACUGGACUGGGCCCCCACCCACAACUUUGUUGCUCUGGUCAGCCUCCUUGGUCCGAGCAGAGCAGAUCCCUCGCCGCCGCCGAGGAUGGUGAAGGCGGUGGUCGGCGACGAGGCGCACCUCAAGGCCUUCGAAGAAGCGCUCUCCUCGUCCUCCUCUCCUCCGCCUCAAGCCCAGGUGGGCCUCGUCGUCGGCAAGCUCAGCGCUUCCUCCGACCGUGCCCUCGUCUACUCCCUCCUUCCCACGCCGCCCACCGAAGCCGGGGCCCCCGCAUGCUCCCUCCGCGCGGCCCCCAAGCCCAAGGCCUCCAAGGCCAAAGCCCCUUCCUCCUCUGACGCCACUCUUGAGUUCGAUGUCGAUUGGAUUGCCGAGCACGCGCGACAGGUGUCGAGGAUGCUUCUCGGAGGAAUGAGCGUCAUAGGUAUUUACAUAUGGGCUUCCGAGGCAUCCUUCAAGGCCACGCCCCCCGCCGUCCUAUCGCAGGUUAUUAGAGCAGUUUUCCAAGCUUGCUAUGGCAGCACGCUCAGUGAGAGGCUGCUCAUUCACAUCUCUUACAGCCCUCGAAGAUGGGCCUGUCGUAUAUGCGAAGUUGCAUCAGGAAGUCUGCGUCCAUGUGAUUUCAAAUACAGCAAACUAUUAGCUUCUCUUCAAACUUUCAGAUGCAGAUAUAAUUUUCAGAUAAGGUUAACAGCUGUUCAGGCUGAGCCGUUCAAGAAAGUCAUUUUGAAGGCAAUCAGUCAUCUCACAGAGGAAGUGCAGAAUGCCAGAGCUUUGGUUGAUGGAUGCCUAUUUUCAGAAGACAUAAACAUCAGUACAGACGGCCCACAUCAAGUCGAUUUUCUUGUGCCAUUCAAGAAUGCUGUGCCUAUUGAAGGUGCCUCAGCUAAUGCUUUUGCUGUUCUGUUUGAUGACACGUUUUUCUUUUCUUCUUGUCAUGAGAGCCUAACAUUAUAUGCCUGCACUAAAGAAUGCAGUUUAGAGGGAGUUGCUGGGCUUCUUCACUUCGCUGGAUCUGUCAGCGCCUUGGCAUACUUAGGCCCGAAAGAAUCAAUUUCAGAAGCUAUAUCUGAUCUGAAGGCAGACAUAAUUACAAGUCUAAGAAGCAGGUUGGAUAUCAUCCUGGAUGAGGCAGAUGAUGGCUCUGCCACUAAUGAGUUGGAGCAAUCACCAUCUCAGAAGGUCACUCAAGUUGUAUUUCAUGAGUUAAGAGAACCUUACUGUUUCUCGUUCCCGAGAAGAGUCCUGAUACCUUGGUUGGGUGGCGCCUAUGUUUGUGAUUACCUGCAACAAUCAGAGACAACAGAGGAUGCAACGGAUCGCUGCAAGGAAGUAAUACCACUGGAAACAGCCGCAGCAAGCUCUUCAAUCCUGGAACCAGAAAGUGCAGCGGUCUGUGGCACACUAGAAUCCUUUUGGGAUAUGGUGCCUGGAGCUCGUAGUGGAGGACGAAACAGCUCCAGCAGGCUCAAGGAUAGUGGCUGCACUGGACAGGAGGAGGAUGGGAGCAGAAGCCGACAAGGUGCUGGGAACUUCAACAUCCUAGCAGCUAUGUUUGCGCUGCUGGUUGCUCUGAUAGGUGGAGUUGUAUUCACCUUCUCUGCGGGUUCCAACACCUGAGCCUGCCUUGUGUUGUAACACCAGUAGAUGACAUGCCGAAGAUGUUAGAAUCUGCGUUAAAAUGGAGUUAUUUUGUGUAAAAGGAAUUGGAUAGAGAUGACAGUUUCCAAGAAAAUGGAGGUUUCUUGCGUUGUUUGAGUCAAUUUGCAUUGAGCUGUCUUAUUUUUCCAAAUAGGAAACGGAAAAGAGAAGUCAAUAUAA